AUGAAUGAUCCGGGCUCAACAGCAGAGGGAGAGGAUUUGUAUGGUGGCAAUGCUCGACCUACCUUUACAGACAUGAUUCAACUCAUGGACCUCCCUUCAAACUUUCUCCCUGAAACUGGGAAGCACCGACAUUCGGGGCGUUUAGUGAUUGUUGGUGAUGUGCAUGGCAUGAAGGAGGCGUUGGAUGAUCUGCUGGAUAAACUCAAGUUCGACAAGAAGCACGACCACUUGAUACUGGCUGGGGAUAUGAUUUCGAAAGGUCCCGACUCACCUGGAGUCGUAGAUUUGGCGAUGAAACUUGGUGCAACUGGCAUACGAGGGAACCACGAGGACCGCAUCAUCCUUACGUACGACGACCUGGUGGCAGACCAUAUUUCUAUGGAUGAUCCAGGGCCAAACGAGGAAAAACACAAAGCACAAGACGCCCUCGAGGAGGUGAGCUUCAGCCACGGAGAUUAUAAAGAUCGAGCCUUGGUGAGGGCUUUAGGAGAGAAACGAAUCAAGUGGCUGAAGAAAUGCCCAGUGAUCCUGAGAGUAGGGAAACUAGGAUCCUUGGGCGAAGUGGUUGUUGUCCACGCUGGUCUGGCGCCCAAUGUUAAGUUGGAGAAGCAAGAUCCUUUUAUGGUAAUGAACAUGAGGACUAUCAAAGAUGGUGUGCCGAGUGAGGGUAGAGAAGGUGUAGGCUGGAUGAAGGUUUGGAAUAAAUUCCAGAAUGGCCUCCACAAAAACAAACGAAGCACAGUCACAUAUGGUCACGACUCCAAGCGUGGCCUCCAGGUUGCAGAUUAUAGCAUGGGGAUUGAUACAGGGUGCUUGAAGGGGGGGCAACUAACUGCUGUUGUCAUUGAAGGCGGAAACUCGGAUCAUAAGCACAAGAUUGUGCAUGUAGACUGCAGGGAGCGCAGAAAUUAA